AUGAUGCUGAUGAAGUGCUCAAUCGUAGUUGGCCUCCUAAUGCUGGUGAGCAGCGUGACGGGGAAGUCCAACAUAUCGAAGUGCCUUUUUUACGACAAGAGGAAUCACGAACUGAAGCAGACGUUUUAUGUGCCUACGAGCGACGUGGACAUGUAUAAGGCUACCAUCCAGAAGCUCCUCACGAGAGAAAUAAACCUCCUCGACGAGUCCAUGAGCAGAAUCGAUGAGAGUGGUAGCAGCGGCAACGGAAGCGGCAGCACUAUUUCCAACUUUGACGAAAUAAAAAAAAAGGAAGAAAAAAAAAAAAAUAAAGAAAUUGAAGAAAAAUUAAAGUACAUAGAAAAGUACAGAAAUUACGCAAGGAGCAUUUUAAAAAAUGUCGAAUUUAAAUGUGAAGACAUCGAAGACUAUGAGUCCAAAGUUAAAUGCAAUCUGUGUGUAUACACAGAGAUUGUAAAUAACAAACAUAUAAGGCAGGGACAGAUUAUUCAGAUUUUUAUGAAUGAAUGCAUGUAUGGUUUUUAUUACUAUGACAAUAUUAGCCAAUACACUCAGAACAACAAAGCGGUUAGUAGCUUCGCAGAGGAGGAGAGCAAUUCACAAUCCAAAUUGGACGACAUUUACUUCAGCAUCACUAAGGAUGUCUCUGAGGGGAACACGAGCCAGAUCAACUUCUUCAAGCAGCCCGCGAGCAAGUACCACCCGGUUUGCUACGUCACGGAGUAG